AGAGAGAGACGUUUUUAAUAAUUUCCUCCCAAUAGGUUCCUCAUCUAUCUGUUUUGUUCUCUCUCUUCCUCGCGUAAAGUGACAGUUUCGUUUCGUCAUACGAAAGCAUCGGGAUAUGCGCGACACGGUGCACGGUGGGAUCGUUGUAUCGCGUUCGCGGAGUCGGUAGAUCGCUUUGAAUUAACGAAAGUUGAGGUGAAUUCCGAGAUCGAGGCGGAUUUUCGAGGGGCGCGAGCCGCGCGAGUGCCAUGCCUCGGGAAUCGUGGUAUUCGACGAUCGUCGAACGGAACGAGCCCGAGUCACGCGUAUACGUCGCGUCUGACGUCUUGUGAACUGCGGGGAGCGAUCUCUCGGCGCAACCUGUUUCUCGCUGUGUUUUAGGAGGAGAGCGAGAGUUGAAACGGAUAUUUUCCAGGAUAUACCAUGCGUUGACUGUCCGUGAAACGUGAAGUCGCGUGCCGAUUCACGUUUGCGCUGGUCGUACGUAUCGUCGAAAGCCGUAUUUCGAUCAUGCAGGUUAUCGGUGUCUAUUGACGUUCAAUGGAAUCGUACGUACGGUUAGCGGUGGAGUCGGACAGUGUUGUUUGAUAGAUUUGUUUAGCGAAAAAAAAACACGCAACUGGAAACGCAACGUGGAAGCGCCAUGGAGAAGUUCAUGAUCGACUUGGACAAGGUCCUCAAUGACUUUGAAUUCAACGAAGAUUGCGCGGAGCAAAUAGCGGCAGUCGCAACUUCUGCGAUCGAUGCGUCAGUUGUGGAAAAGCGUGCUAACGAAUCCGUGCCUCCGAAAGUGUACAGCUUUAAUCCCGAGAAAGGCGACGUGGCACCGACCGUCGAAAAAUACAGGGACACUCGGCCGAUGGAGGUCGACUCCAAGUAUACGCUAGUGGAGAAGAAUAUAGUAUUUAUAUCGGACAACAAAGAUUCCGUGAACAAUUUCUAUACGCACGACCGUGUCAACGACAUCACGACCGGGCAGAAAUCAUGUGUUCAUCCUUAUGACUCUGAUCAAGUGUCUUCGGCGGCGUACGGUGAUGUAUCUCAAAACUCGAUGCAGAAACAGCAGGGUGGUGCGAGCAGCGAUUCGAAAGACGGCGAUAGAUACGACAAGAAAUUGAAUCAGCCGAACUUCAAGCCCAGCAUCAGCAAUGUGUUUAAUAGUUUGAACGAAUAUAUUAAUGCUCCCACUGGAAGCUUGAGUUACGUCGAGCCUAUGCUGGAUACGGUAGACGAUUUGUCUAAGAGGUCCAUGGACGAUUUAGCGGAGAAGGAUUUUAGGUCGAACAGAGACGUGACGAUUAACGAACGUUCAAUCCCGAUGGAGAAAGGUGUAACGAAUGCCGUGGUCGACAAGAUUACUGUAGACCAUAAAAAUGUUUUACCGGUUGAAUUGGGCACGUUUGUCCAAGUUGAACCUAGUAACAAACAGGAUAAUAUAAUGCAGAACGUUAUGUUUUAUCAUUCUACUACGAUGCGGUCUGAGGAAAAUAACGGCGACGCUAUAAUUCCUGUAUCAAACACGGCCAUCUCGAGACGUAAUGACAUUACGAUAAAUACGGAACUGUCCAGUAAUAAAGACGAUGUUGAUAAAAAGGUCAUGGUUAGCGACGCGUUUAAAGAAAAUUCUGAUAGCAUCAUUAGCAAACAACGGCAGUUGGACUUGGAUAAUCGAGAGCCCGUCGGCGAGUACACAUUUGUCGAGAAUAAGGAAAGCAUAGCGGAGAAUACCGCAAUGUUGGAUAAGACUGUAACGAGCAGCGAAGAUCAUGAUAAAAAUGUAGAAGCAACCAAGAGCGACGUCUUCUCUAGCAUACAUAUGACUCAUACAAUUGAUACCGGCGAUGAUUUUUCUGAAGAAGAACUGAACCAGUAUUUGUUAGAGUUAGAGAACGAAGAGAGAUCCAAGACAGAAAAUACAUCGCUUUCGGAUAAUACCUGGUUGCCGCAGUCACAUGACGAAUUGAGAGGUGACGGAGAAGAAAAGAGUGCGAGUCGGCGAGAUGACGAGGAUGUUAACGAAGCGCCGAUAUUCGAGAAAAUUAUGAUAGGCGAACUUCCGAAGAUAUCGCAGGAGGAGUUUCAGGAGAAGACGAAAAAAUUUCCCGUAAUUGAUUAUAACACGGAUAUAUGUAACGAAAAUAUAACGGAUGUAAAAUGUAAUAAAUGUAUUGAACACGCUUUAAGUGAAAAAAGUAAUCAAUUAAAGGAUAUACAAAGUAAUGAGCUAGACAAAACGAUAAAAGAUUCCCAUGUGAUCGAAACGAUUGGUCAGGAUGUAGCGACACAAGAUAGCACCCUGCAAGCUAUGUCUAGUAAUGUCAUCGCCGUUCAAGAGAAAGUCCCGUCAAAGUUCGAAAAUAUCGGAGAACAGUUUUGCAGUAACGGCACACAGAAAUUACAACAAGAUUCUAAUAGAGAUACUCUGUCGCAGGAUGACAGUAGUGGUACUUUAUUAAAUUUAUCAGAAAACAAAGAAGAUCACGACGAGAGAGUGUAUUGCCAAGAUAUUGCUGAAAAUAACAAAGAUGUUGUACAUGAGACUAGCGCACAUGACGGCGAGGAGAUCUCUAAAAUGGAAACCGCAUCUAAAAUCAGCGAUACUUGUAUGGCCCCUCAUACGAAGGAAAGUGAUCAGGAAGCCGAAAAACCGACCCGUCCCCAGACACUUGACAUUGUAUUGACGCAUAAUACAAGUGACUCACAUUCACAGACAGAAUCCUCGAGUUUUGUACCAGAAGAACCGGAACACUCAGAAAUCAGUGGCACUGUUGACGAAGAUCGCGGUGCUUCGUCGGAUGUUUCUGAUAAUUCUUUAGUCGAAUGUAACCCAGUAUUGGGAAAACAGCCUCCGUUUUGGAUUCCGGAUAGCGAUGCACCUAGUUGCAUGUUGUGCGAUGUUAAAUUUACUGUACUUAAAAGGCGUCAUCAUUGUCGUGCUUGCGGUAAGGUACUAUGUAACAAGUGUUGCAAUAUGAAAUACAGAUUGGAAUACCAGUUAAAUAUUGAUUCCCGUGUUUGUGUCUCGUGUUAUCAUCUACUCACGAAAGCAGAGAGCGAACAGGGAAUAGGUGAUUGGUCAGCUGGCUAUAAUUCGUAUACCGAUUGUAGCGAUAUUAAUUCCGUACAGGGGAGACAGCCUAAUCCAAAUAAUCCCAUGGAGUACUGUUCAACUAUACCACCCUUGCAACAGUUAGCCGGCGGUUUGCCGCCACCACCGACGGUGAUGGUGCCUGUGGGCGUUCUUAAAAGAGAGGGUUCGAAACAUCGUGCAGAAGGACAGAAAUCCGUAAUGUUCAGUGACGCUUUGACUGGAAUAAGGCCUGGCUGUGACCUGACAGAGCUAGACACGUGUUGGGACCCAAAGCCACCGUACCGCAAGCAGGGAACUAAACGGAUUUUUGCCACGGGAUCUGCGGACACUGCAACGAGAAGGCAGCAUCAUCAUCCUCCUCUAGACAAUACGACCAAUAGUUAUAUUCCACAUGAUUCUAAUUUAUUGCCUCCGACUGUCACGAUACACAAAGGCCAUAUUACAUACCAUCCACCUAUGGACGAAGGUGUGCUCUAUAAAACGCUGAAAAACGAAUGCGAACCGUCGGUAAUGUUCGCGAUUAAUCGGAAUCUUUAUGCAUAUGUGAAGAUAACUAAUUUAAAUUGCUGCGUAAACAAGAUCUGCUGGAACGUGACGUCGAGAGGUCUUGCUUGCAUCGGUCAGGACGAAGUUAUUUUAUUAGUCGAGGUUUUACCAGAUGAAACACGGAUUCCAAAAGAUCUUCUGAUAUAUAUCAAUCAAUUAUAUCUCGAAGCUGUUAAAGGUAAUACAAUGACGGAACUCGGUUUCUCGGUAUAUCAAGGCACCAACCUGUUGGGCUCGCGCGAGCAUGCGGGUUUUCUUUUUAUUCGCCAGACAUUGCAGUGCUUGCAAAAGAUAAUUUUACCGCCCGCACCUUUUUUGAUUGGACUUUUGGUUCACAGGUGGGAAACCCCGUGGGCCAAAGUAUUCCCAUUAAGGCUUCUUUUACGUCUCGGAGCGGAAUAUCGUUAUUAUCCUUGCCCAUUGGUGUCCGUACGUUUUCGAAAUGCGUUAUAUUUCGAGAUUGGGCACACUGUCAUGAAAGUAUUAGCGGAUUUUAGAAAUUUCGGCUAUACUUUGCCAGGAGUGAGGGGCUUAACAAUUCACCUUAAAAAUCGUACGACAGACGUUAUGUUCCCCAAGAAUCGAUAUGACCAAGUUAUAAAAGGACUUCAUAAUUCGAAUGAUCAUGUCUUAGCUUAUGCCUCAAACUUUAGCAUAACCGCGGAUUCACAUUUAGUUUGCAUACAAACGAAUACUGGUGAUGAAAGCAGUUACCAAACGCAAGCGAUAAAUAUUCACAACAAGCCAAGAACAGUAACCGGCGCCAGUUUCAUUGUCAUCAAUGGUGCUCUAAAAUCUUCAAUGGGACUUUCUGCCAAGUCCAGUAUCGUUGAAGAUGGAUUAAUGGUAGAAAUAAUGCCAGAAAAAAUGGAAGCUUUGAAAGCUGCUCUCAAAAAUAUGCAAGAUUUUUCAAUCGGUUGCGGACGCCAGGGAGCACCGGAGCCAGACGAGACUGUAAAUAUAAAGUGGGUCGAAAACGACACGCUGUUUAACCUGGGUGUUAAAAGUCCUAUUGAUGGACAAUUAAUGGAUGGUAUACCAUCUAUUAGAGUACAUAAUGGCAUUGAUUAUAAAGGUGCAAGCCGAUUCAUACGCUGGACAGAAGUAUUCAUUAUAAAAGUAUGUAUGCCGUUACAGAGAA